UCACGUGUUCGAUCAGCGACGAGAACAUUGGUCUUCGUGGUGGCCACCUACCUACUUUCAAACAUCCUUAAUGUCAUUAUCACUAUCUGGGAAUAUAUCGAUUAUGAUUCAAUCACUAUCACUUUCAAUACGUUCUACACAUUUGCUGUUGAUGUGGUCUCACUGCUCACAAUAUUCGCUGGAGCUCUUCGACUGCCUAUCUACGUAUGCUGUCAGACGGAGUUACGAAAAGACUUCAUUGCACGACUCAAGAGGAUCUGCUACCGUAGCCCUUACAAGGUAUUCUAUUGA